AUGCAAAGUGGUGCUCCUAAUUUAUUUUGGAGAAGAACAUUCACAGACCACUGUAGAUAUGAGAUUGAGGAACCAACUGUUUUCAACAAUUGUUUGACUGGAACAACAGUAAAAUUUCCGGAUAAUGAAGAGGAAAGUAAAAGCUAUUAUGAAGAAGUGUUUGAUCUUUCUCCAUGGAGCACGCCAGCAAUACAAAAGUUUGCCAAAGACAACGAUUUUGAAAUCAAAGACGUGUAUGGUGAUGGAAACUGUCUAUUUCGUGCUGUAGCAGAUCAAUUUAUGAUCAACGGGUGUCCUGGGCACACCGAAGUGUCAUUACGUGAAACUGCUAUUGAACAUCUAGAAAAACAUCCUUCUAAGUUUGGAGUGCAUAGCUCUUCCUUUUUAUUUGAAGAGACAUGGAAGUAUCUUCAAAGAAUGAAAAAAUCUGGAGAAUGGGGAGACCAUAUGAUUCUACAGGCACUGGCUAAUGUUUAUCUGUUACAUAUUAGUAUCUAUAAUUUUGUCCAAACGGAAACCAGACGUACAAAUAUAUCUUCCCAACAAGCCCAUUUAAAUGCGAUAAAAUUUCACAUCGAUCUUAGUCAUUUAGGAGAGUCACAUUAUUUUAGUCUACGUCCUUCUCAAUGGUUGACAGGAAUGCCUUAUAGUAAUUAUCUUUCUCUAGGUCUGCGAAAAUUAGUACUUAACGUAUUUAUUUUGAAAUAAUUUUUAAAA